AUGGACGCCCUUCACUUCAAAGUUGACCACCUUAAGUUAUUAUGGUCAGAGUAUCGUUCUGCCAACGAAGGUCUCGGCAGAGAUUAUAGCGAUCACUCGGAGUGGGCGCGUGAAAAACUGCAGGCAGUAUUAUCAGAAUUUGACAAACUUAUUCAAGAACAAAUUCUCUGGAAAUCUUCUCUUUUGGCUGAAAUAGAGGACCUGCUG